CGUGUGACUUCAACUUUUAACUCGGUGACGUAAUCAUCGGUCACCCACACAAACAGUACCCCGCGUGUAUCUUUAAUGUUUCCCCGCAAGUUACACUACACUGUAAGCGCAACUUAGAACAGUCCGGCGCACACAAUCCCGCGAGCUCUAAACCGCCUUUUUUCUUCAGGUUUCGAAAUCCAUGCCCACCAAAAUCGAACCUCUCAUUCCUCUCUGUUUUGUCUUCGAAGAUCGAUCAAAACCCUAACCCUAGGCGAAAAUUAUCGUCGUCUUCAGAUAUGAAAUGAUUGAAGAAUUAUUAUGAUUUGGGGUCAGUAUGAGGGACAUCAAGCAUUUGCCUGAGGCUGUUCGCAGCUCGGUUCGUUCUGGCAUUGUCUUGUUCAACUUGACCAGAGUCGUGGAAGAGCUGAUUUUCAACAGUCUUGAUGCUCGUGCAACCAAGGUAUCUGUUGCAGUUGGUGUUGGGACCCACUACAUUAAAGUAGUGGACAAUGGAUGUGGUAUUACUUGGGAUGGGUUGGUAUUGUUGGGAGAAAGAUACGCAACGUCAAAAGUUGAUCAGCUAGCUAAUAUUAAUGCUAUUAGUGGAAGCUUUGGCUAUCGAGGAGAAGCAUUGAGCUCCAUUUCUGAUGUUUCAUUGUUAGAAGUCAUUACAAAAGCUCAUGGGAGGCCAAAUGGAUAUCGUGAAGUCAUGAAGGGAUGCAAAUGGUUGUAUCUUGGAAUUGAUGAUGGUAGGCAAGAUGUAGGCACAACAGUCAUUGUUCGGGAUUUAUUUUACAACCAACCAGUUCGGAGGAAGCAUAUCCAAUCUAGCCCGAAGAAGGUCUUGCACUCAGUCAAAAAAUGUGUUCUUAGAAUUGCCAUUGUUCAUCCAAAAGUAUUCUUCAAAGUUGUUGAUAUUGAGAGUGAGGAUGAGUUCUGCACGACUCCUUCCUCAUCUCCUUUGUCACUGUUGACGAGUGGUUUUGGAAUUGAGAUUUUCAGCUCUCUACAUGAAUUAAAUGUCUCUGAUGGUGUAUUAAAGCUUUCUGGAUAUAUGUCUAGUCCUCGUGAUACUUCAUUUGUGAAGGCCUGUCAAUUUGUCUACAUCAACUCUCUUUAUAUCUGCAAGGGCCCAAUUCAUAAACUGCUGAAUGAGUUGGUCACUAGGUUCAACUCUUCGGAUCUGCAGGAGGCUAACAUGAAGUUACAAAAUGGGAAGCGAAGUAGGUCUCAAACAUAUGAAACAUACAUUUUGAAUUUAAGUUGCCCAAGAUCUUGGUAUGAUAUAACAUUUGAACCAUCAAAGACUUCUGUUGAAUUCAAGGUAACAUUUAGUUGCCCAAGAUCUUGGUAUGAUAUAACUUUUGAACCAUCAAAGACUUCUGUUGAAUUCAAGGAUUGGUCUCCCAUUAUUAAUUGUAUUGAAAAGGCCAUCACACACUUGUGGACUGAAAAAUUUUCUUACGGAAAUUCCUCUAGCCGUGGUACUGUUAUGUCAGAAGAAGACAAUACCUGGAGGGAAGGUGAUGAUGUUUCAUCACCAGAAAAAGAUUUGCCAGAAAAAUAUGAAAUUGCAAAAAGGAGGUGCAGGAUAUACAAUCACCAUGCUUCUUUUGGCCUUCUCUCCCCCCAGUUGGAGAUGCCAACUAAAGAAAGUGACCAUAUGUUUCACUGGAAAGACAAUAGAUUUUCUUGUCAAGAUGCUUCAGAACACCAGAUCAGGUUGGGAUCUUUGUAUCAAACUGACUACUCAUUCCAAUUGUGUGAUGGAUUGCUUGCCCCAUCCAGAGUAACUGUAAACCAAAAGAGUGCUAGCUAUCUGCAGGCAACUGACCAUAAUGUUUUCUCUUCUGAAGACCAUUUCUUGGGGAAUAAGUUCUUUGGGGAAAAAAGAUCCAGUGAGCACACAGACUAUAUUUUGGGUUCUAGAUUAGAGGAUAUACAUUUCAAUGUGGAUGCCAGCAUAAGUAAUGGAUUUAAUGGGAGUGCAUUAUCUCCUGAUUGUUUUGAAAUAGGUGAUGAUGUGGACAAGAUCAGCGAGGAUCUAAAGCCCUUUCUGCAUAAUUGCUCCUGUAGGUGA